AUGAUUGGUGACAAGACGUUGCAGCACGCCAACGCCCCAGUGCUUCAGGUCAAGAUGGCUGACACCUCUUUCUUCAACUCGAUUGUUCCCAUGAUGGGUAGCAUCCUCGACGCUCUUCAAGCUAUUCUCACCAAGGCCGAGAGUCAUGCCAAAGAGAACAAUGUUGACGUCAAUGCCGAAUACGCCACAGCCAAGCUAUAUGAAGACAUGAAACCUGUGCCUUUCCAAGUUCAAGCCGUUUCUAACGGGGUCAAGUUAUUUGUCGAGAGGGUAGCGGGUGUGCAGGUGGGGGUAUGGGACGACGACGAGACUACCUUCGAGCAGCUCUUUGCUCGGAUCAACAAGACCCGGGAGCUGCUAAACAGUGUCAAGCCAGAAGCCGUCAACGACAAAGAGAGCCAGUUGGUCGAUGUGAAAGCUGGACCCUUUGUCUACAAGACAAGUGGUUUAGCCUAUGCCACAACCUUUGCGAUUCCGAACAUCUACUUCCACCUACAAACCACCUAUGCUAUUCUGCGGAUGAAAGGGGUUCCUCUGGGGAAGAGGGAUUACCUUUUCUCCUUUAUGACAAAGGACCCAAACUCGACGUUUGCGAAGGCAUAA